AAACAAAAUCCUCUCUGUCUAUGUUCGCGAUAAACUCCAAAAUUAAUGCACGGAUUUUCAUUUGUUUUUCACCAAUAGAUAUUGUGUUUCCUGAGGAAGGUUUGAGGUUGGUUCAAAAGUAAACUUUAACAAAAUUAAAAGACUGAAGCCUGUAAACGCACCUUUAAAAAUGGCGGCGUUAACGCAUGCGCGGGCCAUCGACUGGCUCACAUUCACAUUGCAGUCCCAUAUUGCUUGCUUCAAUCCGUGUUGUGAUGUCACCCGGAUGGGCGGGUCGGGCUGGGCUCGCGGCGAGGCGCGCGUCGCGGACGAUUCCGACUUCCAGACCUUGAAGGACCUUCUGUCUUCAGAAGAAGGGUGGACCCUUGAGUAUGAGAAGGACGGUGUCAAAGUCUGGGCUGAAGACGCGGCGCACGGCGCGCUCAGGACUGUCAAGGUGGUCGCAGAGUUCGAGGAUGUGGAGCCGGACGCGGUGUACGACGUGCUGCACGACCCCGAGUACCGGUCGGUGUGGGACACCCACAUGCUGGCCGCCGAGGACGCCGGCCACAUCAACGUCAACAACGACGUCGGCUAUUACGCCAUGUCUUGCCCCGCGCCCCUCAAGAACCGUGACUUUGUGCUGCAGAGGUCUUGGCUGGACACCGGCGACGAGAAGCUGAUCCUCAACCACUCCGUCUACCACAAGGACUACCCGCCCAGGAAGGGAUAUGUCAGGGCUAUAUCCUUACUCACCGGGUUUGUGGUUCGCUCCCGGGCGGGCGGCGGCAGCUGGCUGGGCUACGUGUCCCGGUCGGACCCACGCGGCUCCCUGCCUGCGUGGCUGGUCAACAGGGUAACAGCUCAGCUGGCGCCGCGCCUGGUGAACCAGCUGCACGCGGCCGCGCGCCGCUACCCGGGCUGGAAAGCGCUCACCGACCUGCCCUACCACAAACCCUGGAGGCAUCCGGAACAGGUCCCGCCUUACAGAAUCUCCUUGGACGAUUGUGUAGAUCCUGAUGCCCCGCCACCCCCUCAGGAGCCCAAACCUGAUACAUCCAAGAAACUGGUUGUGCCUCCCCCAAAAGAAAUAGAGAGCCAAAGCGUAGAAGACCUCGGUGACAUAUCGUCAGAAUUUAGCGUAGAAGUAGAGGAAGACUUAGCUGAUCUCACGCUAGACCCCGCGAAGAAGAAAGGGAAGUUUUAUAAGCUAGUCAAGUCUAUGAAGAAUAGGAGAAAAAGUGUACAAGUUGCCAAAAGUGCUGAUGAUCUAGCUGAUAGCAAGGAGGCGCCGGAGAAGAAGAAAGGAUUUAAGUUUCAUCGCAGGUUUAGUCUAAGUAGAGGUAAGGAGGAUUGAUCUGUCGACGUUCUGAUACUUGGUAAUUAUAAGAUAUUUAAUAACAAAUGUUUAAAGAGAGAUUAAUUUGAUCUAAAUGAUAGCUUAAUAACAUUUAUACGACUACCAAUGGAGUGUUAUGGUUUAAAGAUGAAAGAAGUCUGUAUGCGAAUUAAUUGCACAUGUUUAUUAAAUUCCUUAAACAAUGACAGUGUUGUUAGGCCUCGUUGUUAUUUGAACUACUUACAGGGAUACUCAGAUGUUCUAUUGCAACACUUUUAAAUAGAGCGUUUAAAAAGUCACGACAGAUCCAUUUGGGCGACUUAAAUAAAAUCUGACACUAGUGUUAGCAGUUUACACACUCGAAAGGAAAGAGGAAGGUUUUAAAUCAGUUAGAUUUAAGCAGAGAGUGGCAGUCUAAAAUUGAACUGCGAAUUGUUUGUCGACAUGUUCGAUGGCCAAAUAGUAGGGGGUUGUGGGAGGUAUCAGGGUAUCCACUCCAGGUAGCGAUUCAGGAAGAUAAUAUUAAAACACCAACAUACCUAAGUACAAUCCAAUACUUAAUUUGAUUUUUUUUUUUAAUAAAUAGGUUUUGUAUUGUAUCCGUAUAAUAUUUAAAGUUUGGUUUGCUUCCUAUGAUUUAUGAAGUAUGUGUGUAAGUAUCAAUAAAAGUAUAUGAAAAUUCGGAGAAGAAAUAUAGCAUUUUCCAGUUUUCUUUAUUAUUUUUUAAGUAAAUAUGGUUAUCAUAUUACAAUCGGUAUUGUAUCAAGCUAAGAUAUAUAUCACAUGUGUUGCAUAUCUAUAUGUCAGUACUAUCAUCAAGAUAUAUCUAAAACGGCGAAGCACGUGUUUGCGUGACUAUUGCACAAGUAGUAUGAGAAUUUAGGUGAAUUUGAGAAUUGAGAACAGAAAAAAUGAAAUCGUGGAGAAAAUAUUCAAUAGAUAUAACCAAAUAAACACAUUUAUUAUAUUUUAAUUUAUUUCUCUUUCGACCCUUGUAUGGGACUAGGUACUGAUUUUAGAUAAAUUAUAUGCACUAGCUGCCUCUCCCAUAUUGAAAAAUUCUAGGCAAAACAAAACGAAUUCAUCUCAUAAGCGGCAUACUAACAUACUAACUACCUAUGUGAUAUAUAGGUAUUGUAAACUAUGGAAUAAACUUCCCUUGGCAGUGCUCCCUAAUAGUCUCGACAUUGGCUUUCAAGAAGAGUCUAUCGGUUUCUCAAAAAGCACCGGUGCCUCGGUGAUUGGUUGCCGGUGUUUGCUUGCCAUCAGACAGCUCGUUCGCCCACUAUACUAGACAGACAGACACACACACUUAGCGGUCGAACUAAUAACACCCCGCUCUUUGCUUCGAGGGUUAAAAAAAAAGCUAUCCAUACAGCUUUUUGAGUU